GGAACUCUCGCUUUCCGUUUAUCAUUGGGGAAGAAAGCCAGCGUUGCUUCAAACUCGUCCAUUUCCGGCACGGAACGGCGCCGCUGACGGACGGACUCGGACAAUUUUUGCGAUCUCAGCCCUCCGUUGCCACGCACCACGGCUGGCGAGAACCUACCGGCAUGGCAGCUAUCGUUGCCAAUACCCCCGGCUCGGCUAUGAACUCCGGGAAGGCUGAUGCAACGUCGUUGAGGACGCUGUCUGUCACGACUGCGGCCAGCCACGAUCUUCCGAGUUCUGUGUCCAGCCCCGCUUCAGUCUCCACUCCUACAUCUUCAACUUCAUCAGUGCCUCCAAUCGCCAUCCGGCCGAACACAUCAAGCAACCCUCCUCCGGUCAGGCCUUCAACAGCAAUGCACAAUCGGACGGGGCCUGGAAUCAUGACUCCAGGGUCAGCGCCGCAACCAAAGACUGUUAGCAUGACCAGCAAGGAGUGGGUCAUCCCUCCCCGGCCAAAACCAGGCCGCAAACCUGCUACCGACACCCCGCCAACCAAGCGCAAGGCCCAAAACCGGGCCGCCCAAAGAGCAUUCAGGGAGCGCAGGGCGGCCCGUGUCGGGGAGCUGGAGGAACAGCUGGAGCAAGACAGGGUCAAGCACGAGCAGACGGUUCGCGAGUUACAGGCGCGGAUCAGUCAUCUUGAAAUCGAGACGCAAACUCUCCAGUCAAGGUGCCAGUGGCUGGAAUCGAUGCUGGAGAGGGAACGGCAAGGUCGUGACAAUUGCGCAGGAGAUUGGGAGGCUCGGCAAGGUGGCUCGAGGAACAACAGCUCGAUGUCAAGUCAGAUACAAGGUCAGCUCGGACAAUCACAGAGCAUGCAGCCACUGCAGCCGGCACCAUCGAAAACAGGCACAGCGCGCCCAGCUCCCAUCAUUGAGCCGCGACCUUUGGCUCAACCGUUCUCUAUCUCUCAGAUUGUCUCGCCGCCUGAGGAGUCUACACAAGUGAAUAAUGUGGGGUGUGGCAGCUGCGGGGCCAGUGGUUCUUGCGCCUGUGCAGAGGAAGUCCUGCGCAGCGCAGAUAUUCCCAUUGGCUGCGGCAAAUGCUCACUGGGCACGAGGUGCGAGUGCCUCGAAGAGACGAUACGGGUAUCCAUUACCGGUGCCGACCUAAAGAGGCCACCGAGCGCGCCACCGUCAACGUCGCCGGAGGAUAAGAGGCAGCGCUCUGAUACCGGCACGGCCCUCGAGACAGACUUCACGGCCAUUUUCGCCUCGCAGAACAGCAAGGAAGAGGCACAGGCGUUGUUACCUGCGCCGGCACGAUCGCAAGCACUGGCAUCCAUAGAGCCGCGUGAUCCAUGUGGUUUCUGCAAGGAUGGAACUUAUUGUGUGUGCGCAGAUUCAAUGAUGACUCCAACGUCGUUGGCGGCCCCUGUCAAUCAGGCUACUGAGCAAACGCAGACGCACACGCCUCCUCCAUCGGAUAAUGAUGUUGUUCCCAUGCCCUUGGAAGUCACUGCCACAGGCGCGAUCAAACUUCCCGGGCUGAAGUCACUGCAAGAGAGGAAACCCGCCAAACUGCCCGCAAGAGCAGGGGGUUGCGGGCCUAAUGGCCCCGGUACCUGCGCCCAAUGCGUGGCCGACCCGAAGUCUGGCCUCUUCUGCCGCUCCCUGGCGGCCAACUUUGAGAAGAACAAUGCGGGGGCCAGCACCGCCGCUGAAGGCGGCUGCUGCGGAAACGGUGGCCCAGGCGGGUGCUGCAAAUCGGGCUCCUCGCAGUCGCAGCAAGCAGCGGAGACUACCUCUCUCCCUUCCAUGGCCUCUAGCGCCGGAAGCAACGGUUCCAACGCCAGCGGUUUCGGUCUAAGCCUCUCCUGUGCCGACGCCUACAAGACGCUGGCCAGCCACCGGCACUUUGACGAAGCCGCCGACGAUAUCGGCUCCUGGCUACCUAAGCUCAAGGCGCUGCCGGUCCCGCGCCACCCCGGGCCGGUGGGCGGGGGCGGCCGUGGCCACCGCGAUGCGCGGGCACCAAUUGAGGUGGAGGCCGCGAGCAUUAUGAGUGUGCUCAAAGACUUUGAUGUAAGGUUUGGCAGGGGUGAGUGAUCGAUAUACAUAUGUAGGUCAGAAAACAAGGAUGGAGACGAUGUUGCAGUCGGGGAAGGGGCCCGGUGCAGGACAGCAGAGUCAUGUGCUUUUCAUGUUUGGGUUAGU